CAUCGCCUGGCUUCAUGAUCUAGCUUUUUUCAAGGGAUUUAUUUGAUCUCACCCUCAAAGCGCAACCCACCAAAUCGCUGCACCAUGGCUCCACACACGAUCGAAUCUAUUUACGAUGUUAUUUUCGCUGGAGGGGGAACGACGGCCUGUAUGGUUGCCGGACGUCUGACGAAAGCUGAUCCCAACCUCAAGAUCCUCAUCCUCGAGGCGGGACCGACCACCAAGGACAAAAUCGAACACAUACAGCCCGGUCGCUACAUAACUCACUUGGCUCCCGACAGCAAGACCAUGCAAUUCUAUGAGUCCAAGGCCAGUGAACACAUGGCUGGUCGGAGUUUGGUUGUUCCCUCUGCUCGAUGUGUCGGCGGUGGUGCAUCGGUCAACUUUGUACUGUAUAACCGUCCCGCUGCUUCUGACUUCGACGCCUGGGAGACUGAAUACAGCAACCCUGGCUGGGGUUCCAAGGAUUUGAUUCCGUUGUUGCAGAAAGCCGAAACAUAUGAGGUUGAUCCGACCAGGAAAACCCACGGCUCGUCGGGGCCGAUCAAGGUGUCUUUCGGUGGAAAUCCGUCCAUGAUGGAGAUUUGCAAACAAUUCCUUGAAUUAGGCCCUCAGUACGAGAAGGACAGACCUCGAUCUGAAGAGGGCAACAAUCUCGACCCUGAAUCUCUCAACUGCUUUUUUAGAAUGCCCAAGUUUGCCUCAAGUAAAGGUCGCCGGUCUGACACAGCGACUCACUAUCUCUACAAUCAAGACAGCAAGAAUGUUACGCUUUGUGAUGGAACCAGGGUUAAGCGUAUCCUGUUUGAGGGCACAAAGGCCAUCGGCGUCGAGUAUAUUUUUGACAAGCAGGUUUAUCCUGAUGCGGAACAGUCCGUGCACACAGUGCUCGCCAGUCGUUUGAUAGUCCUUUCCGCGGGUGCUAUGGGCUCUCCGUUAGUUCUUGAACGAUCCGGCAUUGGUGCCGCCUCCGUAUUGGAAAAAGCUGGAGUCAAACAGCUUGUUGAUCUUCCUGGUGUCGGGAAAGACUAUGACGAUCACCCUUUCCUCGUCACUCCGUACCUUGUGGACCCCAAUGCUGCAACUUAUGACAGCCUUUUCCGAGGGGAUACAGGGACCUGGGAAAAUAUGGCCCAGUGGGAUGGUGAUGGUUCUGGUUUAUUGGGAGCAAAUGGAGUGGACGCAUCCAUUAAGUUCCGCCCCCUUGAGCAUGAAGUAGACGAGCUGGGACCAGAUUUCGAAGAGGUCUGGAAGAAGGACUAUGCAGACAAACCUGACAAGCCACUUUUCUGGAUGAGUGCAUUAGCUGGACUUCCCGCAGAUCAGUCUGCGUUGCCGCCAAUCAGCUACUUCUGCUCCGGGGUUUCUCUUGGGUAUCCCGUUUCCCGUGGACAUUUGCACAUCGUUUCUGAUGAUAUCUAUGCUCCCCCCGACUUCGACUGCGGGUUCUUAUCUCACCCUGCUGAUGUCGCUGUUCUUCGUUGGGGCUACAAGAGAGGCCGUGAAAUCCUUCGCCGGAUGCCUGUGUAUCGUGGCGCCUUUGCACCUGCACAUCCCCAGUUCGAUGCAGGCAGUCCGGCAGGAGUCGCGCUUGCUGAAGACGGCCCAGUUCCGUUGGAUGCACCAAAGAUAGUCUAUUCCAAGACAGACGACGAUGCGAUCGAUGCUAACAUCAGGAAUUUUGUUGGUACAACGUGGCACUCCUUGGGCACUUGUCCUAUGAAACCGAGAGAAGGAGGCGGUGUUGUCGAUGCAAAUCUCAAUGUCUAUGGCGUCACGGGGCUGAAGCUUGCUGAUCUUUCGAUUGCGCCCUCAAACGUCAACUGCAAUACGUACUCGGCUACACUUGCGAUUGGCGAGAAAGCCACCCUUAUCAUUGCGAAGGAACUCGGAAUUGAAGGAGUCUAGCUUUCAGCUCAAUGGUUGAACCUAAAUCUAAGCAUUUCUACUCUUGUGGAUAUGAUAGUACUAAACGUAAGUUUAUGAAUCAACAUACUUGAAUUUCGAUUUUACCAUACGAUCGCGAUUACAUAUGUGACUAGUUCUGAGUAGGCAACAAAUGAGUAUUUUCACUGUGUUUCAGUGGCAGUUUCACAGUACUUGAAGGCGUGGAUGUUAGUAGUUAAUCAGUGAUGAUCAAAUUGGCGAUCAUUGAAAUUUGACGAUCUACCAUGGCCAGAAAUCCGAAUUCCCUACCAGGAAAUCAAGUACUACAAUUCCAGUUUUGAGAGGUCAUUCUAAGCCUCAGAUAGCUUCAGAAUUCUCGGGAGGAAUGGCAUGCUUACGCAUUCG